AUGGCAAGUGAAGCUCGGCUCUGGCGGGCUGUGCUUCAGUCAGAAAGGGCCAGCACCGCGGCCUGCUCCGGUGGUUGGACCCCGGGCACGGUGCGGGCCGUGGACGGUGUGGCUUCCAGCGUCCAGGCUUCCAGCCGCUGGACGAGGCUUCUGGGCCUGUUACCUUCUCUGUCUGCGGUUGUGAAUGUUGAGUACACGCAGUCGGCUUUCGCGCUGCAGAUGAGCUCUGACGGUGACCACUGGACGGAGGCGUACUCGGCAGAUUCAAUCGCUUUGCAGCACGCAAUGCACCAGCACAUUGCCGGUGGCUUUGCUGUUUGCAACCUUUUUUAA